AUGACCUUGAUAGAUCGUGAUGACGGGGAAAACCAACACAUCGACGGAUGUUAUGUUAAUAAUGAGUAUGUCGUUUUAGAGGAUCCGCCACCCGAUGAACUUCAAGGAGAUGAAUGGAUUGAUAACUCCGCGAUGGAAAGUGUUCCUAUUGGCACUAAUAGCGGUGUUGAUACACAGGCCGAGGACUUCUCAUUCAUGAAGGGAGAUCUUUACGAUAGUAAGGAGAAAUUAAUCUAUGCUAUUCGCACGUAUUCCAUUGCAAAAAAUGUGAAGUUCAGGCCAACCAAAAAUAAUACUACAAGCUAUAAUGUGGUUUGUUUCUAUCGCAAAGAUGACGAUGUCGAAAAUAAUAGUGGACACCACGACGGCAAUGCGAGGUGUCCGUGGAAGCUUAAUUCACGCUCGGGUUCAAGAGUAGGUGGGCAAUUCAAAAUCACGGCAUACAAUGGACUCCACACUUGUAGCAAUCCUCGAUUAGAGAUGAAUAACAAGAAUGAGUCAUCUUCUUUUAUAUAUCGAUUGAUUUUACCACAUCUGAGGGAGGAUCUUGAUCUAAGACCGAAAGAUAUCCGUCUUUUAGUGCAUAAAGCCACCAACUUGGAUGUAUCAUAUCACAAGUGUUGGAAUGCUAGGAGGAAGGCGAUGAUAAAAAUAUUCGGGGAUUGGGAUAAUUCGUAUGAGAUCUUACCUCAUUAUCUUGAAGCACUCAAAAGAGAAAAUCCGGGGACUGUCUACGAAGUAUCUUCGGACCCCGUUGAUGGCGGAGAACGGCGGUUCACCGGUGUAUUUUGGGCAUUUGGGCCAUGUAUUGAGGGGUUUCGUCGCAGUGGUUGA